GGUGCCGUUGUGACGUCACACCCAAACAAGAGACAUUUCGCUGGUGAUUACUGUCUGAUGCUUCAAACUAACUGGACUUUAAUCUUUUUACCUUACCCCGAUCAUAAUGUCUCAGGAUCCGUGGUUACAGAAUUAUGAUGCCACGUGUCGCCUGGCACAGGAAGUAGCAGAAAACCUUCAUGAACGAAACAGGCAACAGAGAACAGGGGGGAACCCUGCAAAGAUCAACAUGACACUACGGGCGUCUCUGCAGAAGCUCAAACAGAAUAUUUCCCAGCUCAAAGAGGGUUUGUUGCGAGCAUCAUCAGCUCGUCGUUUAAUGCAGCCAGAAGCUGAUAGGAGGCAGAACCUUAUUGAUGACCUGCUAACCAGAGAGAAGCAGCUCAAUGCCACUUUCAGAGGAGACGUCACAGAGCCUGAAUCUUCAAGGUCGACGUUGAUGGGCAUGGGGUCAGGAACGAGUGGAGGUGGUGCGGCCAACCCCUGGCUGAUCAACGAGUCAGAGGACACCAGAGGGCUGACCUUUGGCGAAAUCAAACAGCAGCAACAACAAGUCAUUGAAGUCCAGGAUGCAGGCUUGGAUGCACUCGCAGCUGUCAUCAGCCGGCAGAAGAUAAUGGGCCAGGAGAUCGGCAAUGAGCUGGAAGAACAGAAUGAAAUCAUUGACGACCUUACACAUCUUGUGGACAAGACGGACGACAGGAUUCGUAACGAGACACGACGGGUGAAGCUGGUGGAGACAAAGUCAGCCUCCUGCGGGAUGCUGGUGGUGAUCGUGCUGCUCCUUAUAGCCAUCGUAGUGGUCGCCGUGUGGCCUGUGUAGCUGAGGAGGACGCAGUGAUCACCGACCUGUGCUGAACUACUACUUUGAACACAGUUAGAUGCAGAAUACCGAAGCUUUUGCAUCGACAGUGCACCUGUACAGUCAUUUAAUCAAGGUCUCAUCAAAUCUUUUCUCAGUAUGUAUCUUCAUAUUGAGUCAAAGGCCACUAGCCUUGCAGCAGUUACAUUUUUCUAUACAAAAAGUUAUUAGGUGAGAGGCAUUAGUAAUACUGAACUGAAUGUCUUCUUUUCUGCUUAGGUGUUAAUUGUUCUUUUUUAAAAGUUGUUCAAGUGUCUUGCUUAUUCAUUCUCAAUGUAUUAAAUUGUUAAAUUAUUAAGAGGUUUGCCAGUCUAUUGGUGGUGAAGGUGGGAGCUUUUCUUUCACAAGUCUGUCUGUGGUCUGAGACUCACACUGGGUACAGUUAUUCUGCAAGCUUCUGCAACAUUUACACUAACUUGUGUUUAACCAUGCACUACUGCAGCCACUUUAAUAUUAUCAUUUGUCUUUGGAUUUCAUAAUGUUUCUAGAAUAGCUCUCAGCCAAAACAAACCGCUCGGCUGUGUAGCUAACAUGGCUGUUUUCCUUCCUUGUAAAUCAUUUGAGCUUGUAAUUUCUAAUAAAUGACAUUUCCAGUUAAUAGUC